AAAACUCGAACGACACCUUCAUUUUGUCUCGUUCCUUUGCGUUGCAUCUUAACUUCUUUAUAAUUGGAGUGUGUGUCAGUGUUGUAACAUCCUUCAAAUCGUCCAAAUGAAAAAUUCGCGUCAGUACGUACUCAUUUUACUGUGUUUCACGUUUGUGUCAUUAACAAUCGCUGAAAUUCGUAACAAAGGAUGGUGGAAAAAUGCUGUCUUUUAUCAAAUUUAUCCUCGAAGUUUCAAAGAUAGCGAUCUAAAUGGCAUCGGUGAUCUAAUCGGAAUAACGAAUAGACUUGAAUACUUCGUCGAAACUGGCGUUACAGGAAUUUGGUUAUCACCAAUUAACAAAAGUCCCAUGAAAGAUGGCGGAUAUGAUAUUUCUGAUUUUCGUGAUAUACAUCCAGAUUAUGGUACGAUGGAAGAUUUUAACGAGUUAAUAAAAAGAGCUAAACAUCACGGAUUAAAGGUUAUUCUCGAUUUAGUUCCAAAUCAUACGUCAGAUCAACACGAAUGGUUUCUCAAAAGUGUCAACAGCGAUGGAAAAUAUAGCGAUUAUUAUAUAUGGGCACAUGGAAGUAAUGAUAAACCACCGAAUAAUUGGUUAAGUGUAUUUGGUAAUUCAUCUUGGACAUAUAACGAAAAAAGAAAGGCAUGGUAUUUCCAUCAAUUUCUUCCAGAACAACCAGAUUUAAAUUAUAGGAAUCCUGAAGUUGUAUUUGAAAUGCAGCAAAUAAUAGAAUAUUGGCUGAAUAAAGGUGUUGAUGGUUUUCGUAUCGAUGCUGUACCUCAUCUUUUUGAAGUAAGUGAUAUCAAAUUUAACGAACCACCAAACAAGAAAAGUAAUGCAUCGAAAAACGAGUACGAUUCUUUAAUACACAUUUAUACCAAAGAUCAAGAAGAAACUUAUACUUUAAUACAUAAUUGGAGAAAUAUUGUUGAUUCGUAUGCAAAUAGACAUAACGAAGAAGAAAAGAUAAUAAUGACGGAAGCAUACACGUCGUUAGAAAAUACUACGAAAUUUUACAAGUACGGUUCACACGUACCUUUCAAUUUUAAAUUUAUUACCGAUGUUAAUAAUAAAUCGAGUCCCACCGAUUUUAAAAAAACGAUAGACGAUUGGAUAACAAAUACGCCAGAUGGAAGUGUACCAAAUUGGGUGAUGGGUAAUCACGAUCGCAGUCGUAUGGCAAGUCGUUAUCCAGGUAGAGCCGAUCAAAUGAACAUGUUAGCAAUGGUUUUACCUGGUGUUGCCAUAACUUAUUAUGGGGAAGAAAUUGGAAUGACUAAUAAUGAAGAUAUAACGUAUAAAGAAACGCAAGAUAAACAAGCUUGUGCUGCAGGCGAAGACAAUUUUCGAAAUAAAUCACGUGAUCCAUAUAGAACCCCAUUUCAAUGGGACAGAACAUUAUAUGCUGGAUUCACGAAAGGACAAAAAACUUGGUUACCUGUUAAUAAAAAUUACAUAAAUUUAAAUUUGAAAGAUCAACAAACUAAUAAAGACAACGAAUCCCAUUACAAGAUUUACACCGCAUUAAUGAAUUUACGUAAUACAACAGACGUAAUGAAAAACGGAUCGUAUCAAAGUACUGUCAUUGAUAAAAAUCUUUUAGCAAUUACACGAUCCAAUAAAAACCAAUUGGUGACGCUUGUUAUCAAUUUUUUGGACGAUAAAUCGCAAAAAAUCAAUUUGAAAGUAAUCGCGGGAAAAAGAUCUUUGAAUUCAACGAUAGUAAAAGUAGCAAGUGUUGAUUCAAAAGUACCAAUCAAUAAAACACUGGCUGAUCAUUCUGUGAACGUUCCACCAAAAGCUUCGAUAGUUUUGUAUUCGACUUAUUCAAAUGCAUCUAUGAAGUAUAAUAAUUAUCUUUUAACAAUUCUACUUUUAAUAUCAACUAUAAUGUUCAAAUUAUAAAUAUUAUUCGCAUUCAUUUUUACCAUCAAAUUUAUAUUCAAUCAA